AUGGCGGCCUCCUCCGCCUCCCUCCUCGCCCGCCGCCUCAUCCUGUCCCGCCGCUUCCUGUCACCCCCCCUCAGCUCCUUCUCCACCACCACGACGCCCAGUUCCUCGACCUCUUCCCCCUCGUUCAACGGAUCCGAUGCGGAGUCCGACCCUGAGCACGAGCACGACCAGCCCCCCGCGGGCCAGGACCGUCAGCAGACGUCGAACCGCCCGCGCCCACCAGACACCACCCGCCCUCUCGAGAACGGCCUCGAUCCUGGCAUCUACAAGGCGAUACUGGUGGGGAAGGUCGGGCAGGAGCCGAUACAGAAGCGGCUGCGGAAUGGGAGGACCGUCGUGCUCUUCUCGCUCGGCACCGGCGGCAUCCGCAACAACCGCCGCCCGCUGGAUCGCGAGGAGCCGCACCAGUACGCCGACAGGUGCUCCGUGCAGUGGCACCGCGUCUGCGUCUACCCAGAGCGCCUCGGCACCGUCGCGCUUAAGAACGUCAAGACUGGAACUGUUCUCUACUUGGAAGGAAAUCUUGAGACCAAAGUGUUCUGUGAUCCAAUUACUGGGCUGGUUAGACGCAUAAGAGAAAUAGCUGUGCGUUCAAGUGGUCGUCUCUUGUUUCUGGGUAAUGACACCAAUGCUCCAAAGUUAGGUGAAGUCAAGGGCGUCGGCUACUUCUGA